GCGGAAUGGAGCGUCAGGACCCUGGUUCCUCAGACAGGAGGAGGGUGGGCAGCACAGGUGCCCCAUGGGCCCCUUCUUGUCCCGGGACGCUGUCGCUGCUAAGCCUUCCAGACGGGACCCCAACUAUCCUUAAGCUUCUUUGUUGCAUCUGGGGUCUGGGGCACCAUGGCCCAGGCUCUGGGUGAGGACCUGGUGCAGCCUUGUGAGCUGCAGGAUGAUUCCAGCUCUUUGGGGUCUGACUCAGAGCUGAGUGGACCGGGCCCGUAUCGCCAGGCUGACCGGUAUGGCUUCAUCGGAGGCAGCUCAGCAGAGCCAGAGCCUGGUCACCCUCCUGCAGACCUUAUCCGCCAACGUGAAAUGAAGUGGGUGGAGAUGACUUCACACUGGGAGAAAACCAUGUCUCGGCGGUACAAGAAGGUAAAGAUGCAGUGCCGGAAAGGCAUCCCCUCAGCCCUGCGUGCCCGGUGCUGGCCCCUGCUGUGCGGGGCCCAUGUGUGUCAGAAGAACAGCCCUGGUACCUAUGAGGAACUGGCUGAGGCUCCAGGAGACCCACAGUGGAUGGAGACCAUCGGCAGGGAUCUGCACCGCCAGUUCCCUCUGCACGAGAUGUUUGUGUCACCCCAAGGUCACGGGCAGCAGGGGCUCCUGCAGGUACUCAAGGCCUACACCCUGUAUCGGCCCGAACAGGGCUACUGCCAGGCCCAGGGCCCUGUGGCUGCUGUGCUACUCAUGCAUCUGCCCCCAGAGGAAGCCUUCUGGUGCCUGGUGCAGAUCUGUGAGCUUUACCUGCCGGGCUACUACGGGCCCCACAUGGAGGCUGUGCAGCUGGAUGCUGAGGUGUUCAUGGCCCUGCUGCGGCGGCUGCUCCCUCGUGUGCACAAGCACCUGCAGCAGGUGGGCGUCGGGCCCCUGCUCUACCUGCCUGAGUGGUUCCUGUGCCUCUUCGCCCGCUCCCUGCCCUUUCCCACAGUGCUGCGCGUCUGGGACGCCUUUCUCAGUGAGGGUGUGAAGGUGCUGUUCCGCGUGGGGCUAAUGCUGGUGCGCCUGGCACUGGGCACCACAGAACAGCGCCUGGCCUGCCCGGGACUCCUGGAGACGCUCGGCGCCCUUCGAGCCAUCCCCCCUGCCCAACUGCAAGAGGAGGUCUUCAUGCCCCAGGUGCACAGCGUGGCCCUGUCCGAGCAGGACCUGCAGCGGGAAAUCAAGGCCCAAUUGGCCAAGCUGCCGGAGUCGACGUCCGGGCCACCCCCACAGCCAAAGGCCCGCCUGGCUGGGGCCCAAGCCAUCUUUGAGGCCCAGCAGUUGGCAAUUGCACGGGGAGGCUCCAGGCCUGAGGUGCCCCGCAUCGUUGUCCAGCCCCCAGAGGAGCCCAGGCCACCGCGGCGCAAGCCCCAGACCCGAGGCAAGACUUUCCACGGGCUGCUGACUCGGUCCAGAGGCCCCCCAAUUGAGGGCCCCACGAGGUCCCAUCGAAGCUCCAGUUCCUUUCUGGACACCCGAUUCUGACAGUCCCACUUCUAGGGUACCAUGGACUCCGUGCCCCCCAACCCCAGUUGCCUGAACAGUUAGUUGAUGCCAUCCUCACAAACAGGCACCGCACUUUAUGCCUGGGAUUUGGUGACUCUGCUCCCUUUCCACUGUUAACCGAAGGUAAAUGAACCAGGAGGCACUGGCUAGACAUAAAUGAUUAUGAUUUAUUCAAAGGUCUUAGGGUUUGCAAACUGGAAACACGACUAGGCAAUAGCCGGAGGGUCCCGAAGAAGAAAGAAAAGCCGAGGGUGAUUCUUGUGAAAAGCACAUUCUUGAGCAGAAUUAGUCCUGCAUUCUUAGGCUCUGGGUUGAUUGGCGAUGGUGAUCUUCCAGAUGUCAGGCGGUCUGCACACGUGAACGUUCUUUCCUAAGUUCUUCAUUUUUUCCAAAGUCCUAUCUAUAGGAAUUUCUAACUCUCCAGGCAUUGACGCACAACUGGAAAGUUCAAAAGUUUAAGUCCUCAGGCUAGUUAAAGUAAAAUAAAAUCGUUUUCUCAUGCUUCA